AUGGCCGAAGCAGUCCGACGUAGACGCUCAAUCAUGCGCCUGUCGUAUGCAUGCAACACCAUCACCGACUACACAUACGACCCUCGCUGCUUCGAAAUGCCCUCGUGGCUCCAAGUCCCGCCCGAAGUCCAGGAGGCACACCACCAGCUCCAUUCAAUUGCCUUGCAGGUCAUCAAAGGCAUGAACGUGCUGUCGGGCAUGCGCGAGCGGCGCUACAACGAGCUGUGCUCCAAGGACAUGGGCAUCCUGCACCACAUGCACGAUCCCACUCUGGCACCCGCACCCAAGAUCCCACGCGACGCCCUCAAGUUCUAUGUUGACCCACUCCACUACGCCACGUUCACGACCACCUACAUCCGCCUCAUCAGCGAGUUCGUCACCAUCCCCUACCAGAAGUGGCGCGGGUACAAGUCCCACCUUGAGCACAUGGCUUCCCGUCUUAUGGGAUCCUUCCAGUACCAGGAAUGGCGCCGCUGGUGGCAGGGUACCUUCGUGGAUGAGAUGUGGAAGUGGGAGGUCUGCAUGGAGGGCCUGGUUAUGCCUACUUGGGAAGAGAUCAUUGAUGAUGUUUACCUCAUGAUCAUCGACUGGGUUGAGGACUCUGAGGAGCUUGCCAAUACCUUCUACAUCAGCAGCCCGGAGUCCAUAACUCCGCUGGAUGAGCCGACAAAUGUUUCUUUCAGCUUUUCGACUUGCCUCGUGUGA